ACAUGGUCGGCCACAACGAGAAAUCAAGCAAGAAGAAACAGAAAGAAGCACACACUCAUUAUCUCGCAUGGAGUACUAUACCAUUUCCUUACUUCUUACAACCAUGAUCAUGGCUGCCGCAUCGUCACAGCAUGUUCCGACAACCUUGGAAGGCCCUUUCGAGCCCGUGACUCGCCGUUUCGACCCGUCGCUGCGCCGUGGCAGCCAGGACUUGCCCAUGGAUCAUCCCAGACUCACCAAAAAUGUGACCUCAAACUUCCCCGAACAGAUCGCUCUUGCCUUAUCCACUCCGACCUCAAUGUGGGUUUCUUGGCUCACUGGGGAUUCGCAGAUUGGAGUUAAUGUAACCCCAAUUGAUCCGACGGCUGUGGGUAGUGAAGUUUGGUAUGGGAAGGAAAGUGGAAAGUACAGUGAAAAAAGAAGUGGGGUUUCUGUGGUUUACAGUCAGUUGUAUCCGUUUGAGGGGCUCUGGAAUUACACCUCCGGCAUCAUUCAUCAUGUUAGGAUUGAUGGCCUUGAACCCGAAACAAAGUAUUAUUACAAGUGCGGAGAUAGUUCUUUAGCUGCAAUGAGCGACGAGCUUGUGUUUCAGACGCUGCCAUUGCCCGGCUCCGGAAAGUAUCCUCCACGUAUAGCAUUCGUUGGAGAUUUAGGCCUCACAAGCAACUCAACGACCACCAUCAAUCAUCUCAUCACGAAUGACCCUUCGAUGGUUGUGAUGCUUGGAGACUUGACUUAUGCUAAUCAGUAUCGCACCACCGGAGGGAAGGGAGCUUCUUGCUACUCCUGUGAGUUUCCUGAUUCACCUAUCCGAGAAACGUAUCAGCCGAGAUGGGACGGAUGGGGAAGGUUCAUGCAGCCGCUAACGUCAAGAGUUCCUAUGAUGGUGAUAGAAGGGAACCACGAAAUCGAGCCUCAGGUUGAUAACAUUACGUUCUUAUCUUAUACAACAAGAUUUUCAGUUCCUUCAAAGGAGUCUGGUUCUGACAGUAACUUCUACUACUCGUUCGAUGCUGGAGGUGUACAUUUUAUCAUGUUGGGGGCGUAUGUCGACUACAAUCAAACAGGUGCUCAGUAUGGGUGGCUGGAGAAAGACCUCCGAAAUAUAGACCGCAACACGACUCCGUGGCUAGUUGCUGCCUGGCAUCCGCCCUGGUACAAUAGCUAUUCAUCGCACUACCAGGAAUUUGAGUGCAUGAGACUGCAAAUGGAAACACUUCUCUAUCAAUAUGGAGUUGACAUUGUCUUUUCCGGUCAUGUUCACGCAUACGAGCGGAUGAAUAGAGUCUACAACUAUACGCUGGAUUCGUGUGGGCCGGUGUACAUAACAAUUGGAGAUGGUGGUAACAUCGAGAAGGUUGACGUUGAUCAUGCAGACGAAGUGGGGAAGUGCCCCUCUGCCGCUGACAAUACACCCGAAUUCGGAGGCAUAUGUCACAUGAACUUCUCAUUCGGACCUGCAAAAGGCAAAUUUUGCUGGGACAGACAACCUGAUUGGAGUGCCUACCGAGAGAGCAGCUUUGGACAUGGCAUACUUGAGGUUGUGAAUUCAACAUAUGCACUUUGGACAUGGCACAGGAAUCAGGAUAUCUACAAAGAACACAGCCAUGGUGAUCAAAUUUACAUUGUUCGCCAACCUGAGUUUUGUUCCAUCUACUUAUAG